AUGGCGGACGUUGUCAUAUUACGAUAUUUGUUCACAUUUCUAUUGAUAAAUGCUUGCUGUGCAGGGCUACCUGGCUUGGACGAAGAUGAGGUGUCAGGCAGCACACAGGAGCCUGAAUCACAGCAUAAUGAUGACCCGAUCACAAUUGAAAAGAUGAUGGUACAGCAACCAAGGAGGAGGAAAUUUCAAAAAAGGUACAAAUGCCACCAAUGUGAGCCUCCAGAAUGUGGAUCAUCAAAAGAAGAGAUAUGUCACGACGCGCUGUACUGCUUCAAGUCGUCAGUGCGCGCGUCCGAUGGAGAGCUGCGCCACUCGCGCGGGUGCUCCACGCAAAGGGAUCACUAUCAGUUCACUUGUAGGACUAAUACUCCGCAGCAGAGCCUCCGCAAGCGUCAUGCAGGUCUCCACAACAUAUCAUGUUGCCAGGGCGACCUGUGCAACGCUGGUAACUUCCCCGAGCUCGCCCCGCUGGCUGACACGGCUAUAGAGCCGCUGCCCUCCAAUGCUUGGAAGCUGUGGGCCAGUGUGGCUGCCUCCGUGUUUGUUGUCAGCGCUAUUGGCGCCAUGGCCAUCUUUAUACUGCGGCGAAGUCAUAGGUUGCGAGUCUCCCGCGCUGCCCUGCACAAGUUGGGCGCGGACUCCAACUACUUCUCCUCCAACAUGUACAGUCCACACGUCACCAGCGCGUUCUAUGAAGGCGUGGAGGGCUCCCAGAGCGCGGCGCUGCGCGCGACGGCGGCGGGCGACUCGACGCUGCGCGAGUACCUGGAGUGCUCCGUCACCAGCGGCUCGGGCUCCGGCCUGCCGCUCAUGGUGCAGCGGACGCUCGCCAAGCAGGUCUCGCUCUGUGAGUGCGUCGGGAAGGGUCGUUACGGCGAGGUAUGGCGCGGUUCCUGGUACGCAGACAGUGUGGCUGUGAAGAUAUUCUUCUCCCGGGACGAGGCCAGCUGGCGCCGGGAGACUGAGAUAUACUCCACCGUGCUACUGCGACAUGAGAAUAUACUCGCCUAUAUAGGGAGCGAUAUGACUAGCAGAGGCAGUUGUACACAGUUAUGGCUGAUCACCCACUUCCACCCACUGGGGUCUCUGUACGAGCACCUCAACCGGAGCACUCUCACUCGACAUCAGAUGAUGGCCAUCUGUCUGUCCACCAUCAAUGGGCUCUUACAUCUACAUACUGAGAUACAUGGCACACAGGGUAAACCAGCAAUCGCCCACCGCGACAUAAAAACGAAGAAUAUCCUUAUAAAAGUGAACGGCGAGUGUUGUAUAGCGGACCUGGGCCUGGCAGUGACUCGCUCGCAACUGUCGUCCGGCCUACAUCACAACCCCAGGCAGGGGACCAAGCGGUAUAUGAGUCCCGAGAUGCUGGACCAGAGCAUCAACACAACCUGCCUGGAGUCGUUCCUGAAGUGCGACGUGUACGCGGUGGCGCUGGUGCUGUGGGAAGUAUGUCGCCGCGUGUCGCCGGCCGCGCGCGAGUACCGCCCGCCCUACUACGAGCUGGCCGCGCCGGACCCCAGCUUCGACGACAUGAGGAAGAUCGUCUGCGUCGACGCCGCUAGACCUGAACCGCCCGACGAUCCGCACCCCACAAUGGUAGGCAUGUCGCAGUUAAUGCGCGAGUGUUGGCACCAGAACGCGUCGGUCCGGCUGCCCGCGCUGCGCAUCAAGAAGACAUUACUGAAGCUCGCCGCCGCCGACAACUCCAUCAGACUCAACGAGGAUAAUGAAGUUUCUGUCUAA